AUGUCCGGCAUUGGAGGAGCAGCGUCCGUUGGAGGAAUAGAGUCAUUUGGUGGUUCUGGUCCAGGUUCAGGUGGUGGGCUAGGUUGGGCAAUUGCGGGCUUUGAUGGACAUGGUUUAAUGCCUAGAGGUUUAAGAGGCAUGGUUUUGCCCGGGGCCUUUGGAGGCAUUUGGCCAUAUAGUAGUUUUGGUAUAGGCUUAGGUGGUGGACUAAGUGGGGGAGUAUCGGGAAUUGGUGGACCUGGUUCAAUUUCGGGAAGCGUAGGAGCCAUGGUUGGAACCGGAUAUGUUGGAGGAAUGGGGCAACAUAGUGGUCCUGGUGUUGGAUUAGGCGCAGGAAUGGGAGGUUUCGGUGGAUUAGGUUCCAUUCCCGGCAGUGGAAGUUUGCUCGGCAGAAUGGGACCUCACGAUGGUUUAGAUUUAGGUGGAAGCGGAGGAAUGUCGGGUAAUGGCGGAGAAAUGAAUGGUGGGGGUAAUGGGGAAGGAGAAAGUCUCUUUUCUGGGGGUUCUGGAGUAGGGCAAAGGGUAGCAAUUGGUUUCGGGAGAUUUGGGUCAAUGCCUGGAAAAGGAGGUAUGGAUUUGCAUGGUCACUUCGGUGGCUCGGUGUCAGGAGGGCAUGAUUUUGGGUACGCAGGCAUGAUGGGACGUCCUGGAAUGAAUAGCCUGGGUGGCGCUGGUGGUCAUUGCUUUGGAAUGGCUGGUGCACAUGGGAUGUAUGGUGAUGGGCAUGGAUUUUAA